GCGCGCGCAGACACCCGGUAUAAAUGCCUCAGGUUGCCAUUCUCCCGCUCGCAGUGUGUGCUUGAUCGUUAGUGUGACCACAACCGUGCAAGGACUUACAAAGAUGUAUUCAAGGUGUUUAAUAGUGCUUGCUGCCAUUGGCGUGGCGAUGGGCCAAGAAUCCUUUAAAUGUCCCGACGAUUUCGGCUUCUACCCUCACCACGUAUCAUGCGACAAAUACUGGAAGUGCGACAACGGUGUAGCUGAGCUGAAAACAUGCGGAAACGGUCUCGCCUUUGACGCCACCGACUCCAAGUACCUCACCGAGAACUGCGACUACCUCCACAAUGUUGAGUGCGGAGAGAGGACACAGCUUGAGCCCCCAAUCGGGACGCCCCACUGCCAGAGACUGUACGGUAUCUUCCCGGACGAGCAGAAAUGCGACGUUUUCUGGAACUGCUGGAACGGCGAGGCUUCUCGCUACCAGUGCAGCCCUGGACUCGCCUACGACAGGGAGGCCCGUGUGUGCAUGUGGGCUGAUCAGGUCCCUGAAUGCAGGAACGAGGAGGUCGCGAACGGUUUCGCUUGCCCCAACCCCGGCGAGGUCUCCAACGCCGGCUCCUUCAGCCGUCACGCGCACCCCGAAGACUGCCGCAAGUACUACAUCUGCCUCGAGGGCGUUGCCCGCGAGUACGGCUGCCCCAUUGGCACGGUGUUCAAGAUCGGUGAUGCCGACGGCACCGGCAACUGCGAAGACCCCGAGGAUGUUCCCGGAUGCGAGGACUAUUAUGGAGACGUGGACCUGAAAGCGCUGAAGAAACUGGGAUUCUGAAUGAUGAGAAGCGGCUCCAAAGACAGACUUAAAUUCAAUCUCUUCGACUUGUUAUGAUAUGCCUCUUCAGUUAGUUGACAGUUACUUAGGCUGAUAGGCACUCAAGAUUUAAAGCUGGCAUUUAGGUAUUGGGCUCAAAGGGGUUUAGCUACAGUAUUGAUUACUUAGUGCUUCACACUCGGAAUAUACUUGGAUAUUGUAAUUUGAGCUACCUAAUAUGCCUGCGUAACUCUCGUUUGCGAAACAUGUUAUAGAAAGAAAUAUAACAUUAAAUAGUGUUAUUAUUUAGUUUAAGGGAACUUAAUGGCACUUAUUUAAGCUUUCAAAAUUACCUCCGAGGUUUCGUGGUCUCGGAGAAGUCUUCUGCGUUAAAAUAAAGAAUAAUGUGUGAAAAUGGUGAAAGUUUAAAUCAGUGAACACAACAUAUUUGACAAAGUUUUCUUCUUGGGGCAAAUGUUUGAAACGAACUUAAAACUUCACUAAAGGUUCGAAUUGUUGAAUUUGGCAACUGCCAUGAUGGUACUUAACUAAUAUAUACAUUUAAUUGUGGAGAGAAGCCACACACACAACAGCCUGGUAUAUACCUAGGUACAUGAGACUGUCGCCGUUGUUUAGAAUCAAGAAUGCUUAUCUCUAUUACUUUAAUGUGUGUUAUUCGCUCAUUCGUCUUGUGUUUCAUAUGCUUCUGUUUAAAUUAAAGAUCAUGUACCCGUCUGUCUGAAGAGGCGCGCAAAUCAUUAUGUUUUCAAACUAGUUUUUAAUUGUGUAUACUCAUUUACACGGAUUUUUUGACAAUAAUUUUAUCAUCUGGAAGAUUUAUAAUUGUUGCCAAAAAAAUUACUUGCAUUGCAAUGUUUUGAUUCUGACGCCUAAAGUCGGAUUUUAGUCAUAUCUUAGUUUACGGUUAGUUUAGGCUAGAUUUACGAGUGAAAUUGGUACUGUAAAUAAACUUUCUAUUUUCUAUAA